CUCGAAAACUUUUGCAAAGUUGGGCAAACUGUUUUUUUCUUUGGGAAGGCGCAUGCAUCUGUCGUGUGGGAAUUCUUCCGCACCGGUCGGAACGUCGUCGCAUUGGAGAAGGAAUUGAAGAUGAUCGAUUACCUUCACGAGUUCGUGAAGACACGCGUUGCAGACACUCGCAAUGCUUGCGAGUUUGUCCACACCACCGGCGAACAAAACCGGGAUCCCAAACGUGACAUGUAUUGGAAAUUGUCGGGGAACAAAAGGACGGACGUUUGGGACUUCCUUUUCCGACCCGGACCGCCUGGUCCGACCGACCUCGAAUACAGUCGACGGAGAAACCUGGUGUUCGGUGUGCUCAUUGGGUACCACGGUGCACCUAGGGAGUCUGUCUCGCAUUUCCUGAGAAGGCUGGAGCACGUUUACUUCACGCUGGCCGAACCGCUCACUCUCGAAAACUACAAGUUACAGUUUGACGAGGAGGACCAUUUCGACGCUGAAGACAUGGAGGAGCUGAGCGACUCCGAAACCUUCGAUUCCGAGUCCAUGCCACUUCCUCGGGUGGUUGGACAGGUUGGUGAUGAAGAGGAAGGUGGCCCUCGGAGAUAUAGCACGUCCCCUGCCGGUUUGAAGCAUGUGUUUCGGGGCGAACCAGUCGACUUCCAAUCGUCUGAUGACGGGGAGGAAGACAGAGACUAUGAUCACGAACCUUGUGACAGGCUCCCUGAGGACCAUGAUACCUGGCAGAAUGACAGACUCUACUUCUUCGGCAAGCAUCACCGGUUCACGUUGGAGGAUGUUUGGGGACACAACGUUGUCUGGCACCCGAGGAUAUUCCAACCUGCUGUGAGGAAUGGAGUGUGGGUCAUGGCAAUGAAGGAGGCGGAUGGCAAGUGGAGUGGACUGAAGAGACUGGGAGCGGGUGCAUUUAAGAGAACGGCGAGAACUGCUCUGGUGGAGCAUUUGAGUCUCAUGAACCCCGGGAGGAACGAUCCGGACGUCGGUGCGUACGUAGAACAAAAACUAAAUGAGUUGUAUGCCAGCAACAUGUUGGAGUUUCGAGCGCCUUUCUACACACUCAAAAUGGCACCGUCUCGUGGCAUUGACUGGCGCAUGCCGCAACCUCCGUUGGGCGGUCAGCAUCCGGGAGGGGGUGGAGGAGGAGACGAAGGAGACGGCGGAGGCGGCAGAGGAGACGACUCACAAUUUGCCCGAAAGGGGACGGCGAGACAUCCAGAGGUCUCCUAUGCUCAACACCUUGCUCCUGAAAGAGGACGCGUCUUCGUUUUGCCUAGAGGGCGGGAUGCCUGCAUUGCGAAGGAGCGAGGGUGCGACCUUCGCUUCUCCUUCGGCUCGAGCGACCGCCACAAACUCCGAAUACAUUCGGAUUUGCUGACGUCGCCCUCCGCCAUAAGUGCUCCUCACGCAACAUUCCUGCGGGGCCAAGAAAAUGUGACGUCCUGCCCCCCGCAUCUUCAGUUGGACACAAGGUUACCCUGCUCGUCUCCGGUCUCAUGUGUUGAGACUCGAGACUGGCGGUCUCGAGACGUGCUGGAGGGGCCCACUGCAGGAGUGUUGGAGAUUGGGGGUGUCGAGUACGAACGUCCUACUCCUGGGGAAGACGAGCGAUCUCCGGGAACGCGUGCUGUUCAUCGGGAAGAGGAGACUCAACGCUGGCAUUCUCGCAAAGUGUUGGAGACCGAGGGUAGCGAGUGUGAACGUCAUGCUUCGGAGGGUGCGUUCGUGGACACUGACAGCGAGAGUGCAGGAGCUCCGGGGGAAACACAUGCUCUACAGCGGGGAGAGGAGAGGAGACCCUGGCCGGCUCGGGAAGACGUGAAGGGGCUCCACUCACGAGCGCUGGUGAUCGGGACGUCCGAAGAGGUUAUGCAUAGUCGUUUGGUUGUGGCUACGACACGAGAGGGUGUCGUUAAGGGAGGCGGAGAACCUGUGGUGGAAGGCGGUGAGGUGACUGUCAGUAUCCCGAUGGAUCCACAACGGAAAGAUGGUCACCGUGAUUCUUCGCCCAUCCGUUGCGGUGAAGAACAGGGUGGUCGAGCGUCUGUCCUGAGCACCGCUCGGGGAAUGGUGCUUCAUGAAUCCAUAGAGUUGGUUGACGACUCGACUGCCACCGAGCUGGUUAGCGACUCAGGCGUGGCCGAGAUGCAGAACGUCGAAUCCUCCGUGGAAGGCGGUGAGGUGGCCGUCAGCAUCAAGAUGGAUCCAGAGUGGAAAGAUCAUGAUUCUCCGUCAACCCGUUGCGGUGCAGAACAGGGUGAUCGAGCAUCUGUCCUCAGUACCGGUCCGGAAAUGGUGCUUCAUGAAGUCAUCGACUUGCCAAGCGACUCAGCUGCCACCGAGCUAGUUAGCGACACAGCCGUGGCCGAGGUGGAGAACCUCGAAUCGUCUGUGGACGUUGGCGCAGUGGCACGACAGGAGGGCGAGUUCCCUCAAAGGACUCCCGAGCACGGUAAGAUUUGUGAAUAGGAUCACUCGCAUAUCUGUCACUAGCCCACUUUGUGUUCGUCCAAAUUGAUGUCAUGGGCUAAUGUACCUAUUACCACUU